CAUAGGGAAACAUGCUAUUUCUGGGAAGUGGCAGAAAAUGGGGAGGAGAGUGAUGUUAAUGGAGAUUUUCUCACUUUACAUCUUCUUCUCCUUCAUGUUUAAUGGAUUCUUUUUGGGAAAGAGUGAUUUAUGUACCAAAGAAGUCAAUCUCCAUCGUCGAUUAAGUAAUGAAGGUUUAUGUUCUCAGUUGAUUCAACCUUCUGGUUAUCCAUGCUCUGAACACAUCACUCAAACAAAAGAUGGUUACAUAUUAGGCAUUCAACGUGUAUCGUCAAGUAAUGGAGCUGUACAAGCUAACUCCGGUCCUCCAAUUCUCCUUCAACAUGGACUUUUUCAGGGUGGUGAUGCUUGGUUUUUGAAUUCCGCGGAGCAAUCAUUAGGCUUCAUUCUUGCCGAUCUUGGUUUUGAUGUUUGGGUUGGGAAUGUACGCGGUACUCGUUGGAGCCAUGGACAUAUCUCCUUAUCUGAGAAGGAUGAGGAAUUCUGGGAUUGGAGUGGGCAGGAAUUGGCUUUAAGUGACCUUGUAGAAAUGAUCAACUAUGUAUAUUCAGUAACAAGUUCAAAAAUGUACUAUGUGGGGCAUUCACAGGGAACCAUCAUGGCUCUAGCUGCUCUCUCCCAAACAGAUAUAGUGAAGAAGGUUGAAGCUGUUGCUCUUCUUUGCCCCAUAUCUUAUUUGGGCCAUAUUAGUGCUGAAUUUGUACUUAGAGCAGCUGGCACACAUCUGGAUCAGAUGAUCUUGGCUAUGGGAGUCCAUCAGCUCAAUUUUCGAAGUGAAGUUGGUGUUCGCUUAGUAAAUUCAAUAUGUGAAGGCCAUAUAGACUGUAACGAUUUGCUAACUUCUCUAACAGGGAAGAACUGCUGCUUCAACAAUUCGCAUGUUGACUUCUAUCUUAAGUUUGAACCACAUCCAUCAUCAGCAAAAAAUUUGAACCACCUUUUUCAAAUGAUCCGCAAAGGUAAAUUUGCAAUGUAUGACUAUGGAUUAUGGGGCAACAUCAAACGAUACGGUUUAUUCCAACCCCCGGCGUUUGACAUCUCAGCAAUACCAACUUCUUUGCGAAUAUGGAUGGGUUACGGGGGUAACGAUGCCUUAGCAGAUGUGACUGAUCUGGAGCAAACUGUUAAUGAAUUGAAGUCUAGGCCGGAAUUGCUGUAUCUUGAGAAAUAUGGCCACAUCGACUUCAUAUUGAGUGUAAAUGCUAACGAAGAUGUAUACAUCCAUAUGAUCGACUUCUUUAGGAUACCAGAGGAAGUAGGUUCGUCUCAACAAUCAGGAAGUAAGAUAUCAAAGCAACUUAAUCGUUGAUUUAGAGGAGACUGGUCGAGUAUGUUCUUCGUACGCUUUCUUGGAACCUAUUUGUACAGAUUGUGGAAGGGUCAGAAUUGGAUGUCAGGUUAAUCGAAAUUUGUUGAACAAGGUCGGCGCUAAUGGCAGGUGAGCUAUACUGUUAGAGGAGCUGUUUAAUGAGAUUGAUCUUCAGGACCUUUGCAUCUACGAGCUGCCACGUAAGCCUGAAAUUCGAGUUUCUAGAUGGUAUUUAUCUUUCUGUUUUUUGAGUUAGUAACUUCUCUCAAGCACCUUGAAGACUGUUUGUAUCAUGACAAUUCCAUUUAAGUAUAGAUGUAGCAGAAUUUGAUGUGAA